GUGGCGACCGUACACACUGCAGACACACUCGCUCAGCCGCUCAGUGCUCUCCUCAAUCUAUAUUCGUUGUGCCACUUGAACUGAACUUUGGGAGGAUGUCGCCGCCGCCGCCGUCGUCGUCAUCGUCGCUGUCAUCAAUGGAGUCCCUGAUUUUGCAACUCCACGACAUCUCCGCUGUGAAGUUCGGCAACUUUAAGCUCAAAUCGGGCAUUUCCUCCCCCAUCUAUAUAGACCUCCGCCUCAUCGUUUCUUACCCUUCUCUACUCUCCCAAAUCUCCCAAACUCUAAUCGCCUCCCUCCCCUCCUCAACCACCUUCGACCUCCUCUGCGGCGUCCCCUACACCGCCCUCCCCAUCGCCACCUGCGCUUCCAUUGCUCAGUCCGUGCCCAUGGUUAUGCGCCGCAAGGAAAUCAAGUCCUACGGCACCGCCAAGGCCAUCGAGGGCCACUUUCUCCCCAACCAGACCUGCCUCAUCAUCGAGGACUUGGUCACCAGCGGCACCUCCGUCCUCGAGACCGCCGGGCCGCUCAGAGACUGCGGGCUGAGGGUCACUGACGCCGUCGUCUUGAUUGACAGGGAGCAGGGCGGCAAGGAGAAUCUCGCUGAGAAUGGGAUCACCUUGCACGCGAUGAUUAAGUUGACGGACAUGCUCGUGAUACUGCGCAAAAACGAGCGGCUUUCGGAGGAUAUGGAGCGGACCGUUAGGGCAUUCUUGGAGGAUAACAAGAGAGUGGCAGCGCCGGCAGUAGCGGCGAACCCGAGAGUUAGGGCUGCGGUUUGUUCGUAUGAAGAGAGAGCGAAAAUGGCGAAGAAUGGGACGGGGAAGAGGUUGUUCCAGAUGAUGGUGAAGAAGGAGAGUAACCUUUGUUUGGCUGCUGAUGUUUCCACUGCCGCCGAACUGCUUGACAUUGCAGAAAAGGUGGGACCAGAGAUCUGCAUGUUGAAAACUCAUGUGGAUAUACUGCCUGAUUUCACCCCAGAUUUUGGUUCUAAACUUCGCUCAAUUGCAGAAAAACACAAUUUCUUAAUCUUUGAAGACCGCAAGUUUGCUGACAUUGGUAACACAGUGACAAUGCAAUAUGAAGGGGGCAUUUUCCGUAUAUUGGAUUGGGCAGAUAUAGUUAAUGCUCACAUAAUCUCUGGUCCUGGAAUCGUGGAUGGGCUGAAAUUGAAGGGAUUGCCCCGUGGGCGAGGCCUGUUACUGCUGGCAGAGAUGAGUUCAUCUGGUAACCUUGCCAAGGGAGACUACACCGCAGCAGCUGUGAAAAUUGCUGAGGAUCACUCAGAUUUUGUGAUUGGCUUCAUCUCAGUGAACCCAGCAUCAUGGGCAGGGGGACCUGUGAACCCUGCACUUAUCCAUGCAACUCCCGGAGUUCAAAUGGUGACUGGUGGUGAUGCUCUGGGCCAGCAAUACAACACCCCCUAUUCCGUAAUCCAUGACAGAGGAAGCGACAUAAUAAUUGUCGGGCGUGGAAUCAUCAAGGCUGCACACCCUGCGGAUGCAGCUCGUGAGUAUCGUCUUCAAGGAUGGGAUGCAUACUUGGCUAAAUGCACUGAGAACUCGAGUUAGUUGCUUUCCCCUCGUCUGAUCUAUUUAAUGCAACGAUAUGAAACCAGAUGAGCCUAAGGUUUUUUUUUCGGUUCACGUUGUAUUAGUCAACAGAUAUUUUGCCUCAAUAAAUGAUUGUUUGAGGUUAUUAUUAUUGUAUUUGAUGUUUUGACGCCCAGCUUUGUGUGUGGGCGUGAGAAAAGUUGUAAGCAAGAGGGGAAAUAUAAUCUCAACAAAGUAACCUACCCAAAUCUGCUUCAACCUGCUCAUCAGUCUCUGUACAAUUUAAGACUACAAGGAGUGAGUUUUAUGAUUUAGGCUGUCGAGUUGUUAGCAUGGCAAA